UUCUUCUUCUUCUAGCUAGCUAUUCAACUAACUUCCGAUCUAGGGUUUUCAGAGAUGCCGAAGAACAAGGGUAAGGGUGGUAAGAACCGUAAAAGAGGUAAGAACGAGGCUGACGAUGAAAAACGAGAGCUUGUUUUCAAGGAAGACGGCCAAGAGUAUGCUCAGGUCCUUCGUAUGUUAGGAAACGGUCGUUGCGAAGCCACCUGCAUCGACGGUACCAAACGCCUUUGCCAUAUCCGCGGAAAGAUGCAUAAGAAGGUCUGGAUUGCUGCAGGUGAUAUUAUACUUGUGGGUCUCAGAGAUUAUCAAGAUGACAAGGCAGAUGUUAUUCUAAAGUAUAUGCCUGAUGAGGCCAGGCUUCUAAAGGCUUACGGAGAGCUUCCGGAUAAUGUUAGGCUUAAUGAAGGCAUCGCUGGUGGGUUGGAUGAAGAGGAUGAUGGUGCUGGUGAUGAUUAUAUUGAAUUCGAAGAUGAGGACAUUGAUAAAAUCUAGGCUUUCUUACUUGGAAUUUGUUGUGAAUAUUAUCAUUGUGUUUUUCAAUUUAUGCUAUGGUUAAUGAUUUCAUUCAUGAAAUGCAGCCUUUAUGAGGUUUCUCUUCACUUUGUAUCGUUUG